AACCUAUAUUUCGAAAAACUUACAAAUCACUAAUUUGAAAUGUGUAUUUUAUUUAUGUAUAUCAAUUCAAAUCCUUCAAUAGGAGGAUACAGACUUAUUUUGGCAUUAAAUAGAGAUGAAUACUAUGACCGACCUACAAAGCAGUCUCAUGAGUGGGAGGAAAAUUCAGACAUUAUUGGAGGUAAUAUAUUAGAAUUGUUUGUGCUUAAUACAUUUUCUUGGCUAUUUAUAUGUAUUUCAGGUAGAGAUAUGCAAAUUGGGCGAGAAGGAGGAACUUGGUUUGCAGUUCGAGCAAAUGAAAAUGGAUUACGAAUUGGAUCAUUGUUAAAUGUUACAGGAAAAACAUUGAAACCAAACUGUCCAGGUCGUGGAUCAAUAGUCUCUAAUUAUGUAAAAUCAGAAUCAAAUACGAAAGAUUACACGGAGGAUUUGAAGUCAAAGAUGCAAGAUUAUAACUUAUUCAACUUUUUGACUGCAGAAAUAACAAAGGAGAAUUGCAUAGUGCAGUGUACAAAUUCUGAAUCUAAAAUUACAAAGGAAUGGGUUGCAGAUGGAAAACAAGAAGUAAUUAAAAUUGGUGUCAGCAAUAGUGAAGUGGAUAAACCAUUCAAGAAGGUUCAAAGUGGAUCAGAAACAUUUUCCAAGCUGGUCGAAUCAACGGCAAAUAAAGAUAUUCUUGUGGAAAAGUUAUUAACUAUGAUGCAAUGUAGCGAGAAACAUUGGCCAGAUGAAGUAUUGUAUGAACGUAAUCCAACAUGGGGAGAAGACUUGAGUUCAAUAUUUAUAGCAAAUCACGAGAGAAAAUAUGGCACCAGGACUCAUACUAUUGUAUUGCUAGAUUACGACUGGAAAUUGGAUUUUAUUGAUAUAUCUUUAAAUUCAGAUGGACAACAAAAUUCUAAUAAAUGGUGUAGAAAGCAUAUAACGAGAGAAUUGAGAGUCUAGACUAUAAUU